CCUGGUCUAGUUACAUGCAAAAGUUGUAGUGAUAGCAAAAACAGUGAGAUAUGAAUACGAAGUUCUGUGUUUUGUUCGUUGUUGCUUUUCUGGUAACAUGGCCCUGCCAAGGCUCACACUACCAAGUUUUCCCUCUCCGAAUGAAAACUGGCUACAAUGAACAAUACCCAACACAAGUUUCAUGCGCAAGUUGGAGACUUGGUGUGGAGGCAAACAACCUCGUCAAAUGGAAAACUGUUCCAGCACCAUGCCAAGAACACGUCGCAGAUUAUCUUCUCGGCGACCAAUAUAGAUCAGACUCCAAAACCGUGUGCCGUGAGGCUUUCCUUUAUGCUAAAACCCUCAAUAUCACUGACAGAGACAUAUUUGUGUUUGAUGUCGAUGAAACUGCACUCUCUAAUCUUCAAUAUUUCGCUAACCAUGAUUUUGGGGUGGAAGAACAUAAUGCUACGGCUUUCAAGAUCUGGGUUUCCUAUGGGGAGGCAUUUGCACUGCCUGAGACUCUUAAACUCUACAACAAACUGUUGGAUCUUGGGAUCAAAGUUGUGUUCAUCACAGAAAGGCCACUGGAUCUGAAGGAUGUGACUGUUUCCAACUUGAAGAAUGUUGGAUUCUACAAAUGGGAGAAGUUAAUUGCCAGGGAUCCAGCCAUAUACUCUGGUAAACUAUCAAAUGCUUUUAAAUCUUCUGAGAGGAAGAAGCUGACAGAAGAGGGGUUCAGAAUCGUUGGAAACAUUGGAGAUCAAUGGAGUGAUAUUGUGGGAGAAAAAAGAGGGUUUAGGACCUUUAAGCUGCCAAAUCCCUUGUACUAUGAUUGAACUUCUAAGUCUCUAACUUUGCUCCUAACUAUGAAAUAAAGAUAAGUUAGGUCAUGAAAUAGGGACACACUUGUUACUGUUUCUGUGUCUUUAUGUUGUUGGAGCAUGUACUUGAACUAUGUGUUACCUAUGUAGAAGACUCAACAAUGUUGUUUUUUCCUUGGGUGGCUUUGAUGAAUUAUGAAAGUUUAUGUUCUAUUUCGA